AUGACAGGAACGGUGAUAUUAGCAGCUACAAGUAGCUUAUACAAGAUUGAUCAUUGGGACAAAUACAAAACAAGGGAAAUUCAAGAAUUGCAUAGAAGACAGGGUUACUUCAAAUCACUCUCCAGAAUGCAUAUAGAAGGCCAUGCAAGCAAUAUAACCACUACCCGUAUGGUCACGGAUACCUCUAAUCCCACACCUGGCCCUGCCCCUGAGGAAGCAUACACAGAUGGCGCUGGUCUAGGGGUUGCAAUCGCUGUGAUGGUGAUCAUAGCAGUAAUAGUUGUAUUCUGCGUCAUGUUGACUAAAUACAAACGGAGGAGACGACGUGAGGCAGGUCAUCCUAGUAUUCCAACUGUCAGUGGCACAAUGGGGUCAAAUGUAGAAGGCUACAGGAACUAUGGUGAACACAUAGAGUCAGGAGAUAUAGACAUGGGACAUGGCAACUACAGAAGACAAAUGCUUUACAGUGACAGAAGCAGUGACUCUACACUGUACUACAGGGAUCUACCCCCCAUGGCCAUAGAUUCACCGCCACCCAACUAUUUUGAUGUCAUAAAGGAUGAAAAUGAAGCCCAAUCUCAGUCUAAUAACCCUUCGAGAAACUCUAGCAUUCCAAGUACACCUCCUCCGUCCUACAAUAUCAUAUCAGAGGCUGAUGCUUUAGAAGCAGAUGUGUCUGCUGAUGUUAGUCCAAACAUUCCUCAGGGUGAAAUGUCAGCUGAUGUCAGUUCAAACAUGCCUCAGGGUGAAAUGUCAGCUGAUGUCAGUUCAAACAUGCCUCAGGGUGAAAUGUCAGCUGACGUCAGUUCAAAUAUGCCUCAGGGUGAGGUGUCAGCUGAUGUCAGUUCAAAUAUGCCUCAGGGUGAGGUGUCAGCUGAUGUCACUUCAAAUAUUCCACAAGUUGAGAUGUCAGCUGAUGUCACUUCAAAUAUACCACAAGCAGAUUCAACCACACAGCAUAAUGAUUCAACUCAGCUGAAUGAUUCAAUUCAACAAAAUGUUUCAAUUGAACAAAAUGAUCAAAGUCAGGAUGAUUCUAUUGUUGAACGAAACAAUGCAAUAAAUGUAGACCUUCAUAGGGAUGAUGUAACAAUUGAGCUACAAAACCAAAGUGAGGCUACUUAUAGUCCGUCUGCUAAUAUUCAAAGUGAGGCUGGUAUCCAAAAUUAA